AUGGAAUCGGAAUUGAAGACGGAAAACGGUGACUCUUUGGUAGCGUUAAUUAGGACCAUAGUGAAAGUGAUGAAAAAGGAAAUCGUAAAAAACUUGGGAACAAUCCUAGGGAAGAAACCAAAACGUAGGCCACGUUUAUGUUACGAGUGUCGUCGCAAAGGACAUUUGGCUCGUUCGUGCCCGUCUCUGAGAAAUCAAGACCUACGUUUGAUGGAAAUGCAUCGUGUGGACGUUGGUGAAAUGAAUUGUGAUUUUUUUGAACGAGAUUUAAGGUGUAGAAAAGAAAAGGUCAGGGACAAUGAAAGGGCAAUGAAGGCGUUAGUAAGAAUAAAAGGAGAACAUGCAGAAAUGGCCAUCCGAAUUAGUUCGUGUACAAAUAAAAUGAGCGUGAAAUAUGCAAAGAGAUUAGGGUUUACCUGGAAAUGUUUAGAUAAUAGAAUUAGUGAUCGUAUGGGCGAUGAAUUCGUUGGAUAUAUUCCUGACGUUGAUGUAGCUGUAUGUGGUGUUAGUGUAAAUCAACCAUUCUAUGUCGUGCGGGAGCUAACUUCUGAUAUAGUUCUGGGAAUGCCGUGGGUUGCAAGAUCUAGGUGUAAUAUUCAGUGUAAAGAUGGUCAGUGUCGCUACACAAUCGAAUCAGGAUCCAAGAAAGCAACAUUUGAAGUCACAGAUGAACCUACGAAAGGAGUUAAGGUCGAAAGUGAACAUCAGAUUAUGGACAAUAUUGUAGACAUUAGAAGCUACUAUAAAGAAAGGAAAAAGGAUACGAAGUUAAAUGGUGAAGUCCGAGAUGUGGAGAUCUUUAGAUGCGUGGAAGUAGAGGGUAAAAGGUUUGUUGGUGAUGUUGAAAGCGAUGAGCCCAGUAAAGCGAACUCAGAUCAUAGAGCUGAAACUGAUAAUAAAGGUGUGAAUGGUAAAGGCAGAUCUUUGAAUAACAACUGCCAUGAUCCUCUUAGGAAACAAUGGAUGAAAAGGCAUAUGAUGUUUAUGAACAAUCGGAUUAGAGAUCCUGCAUGGCUACGAAAUCCUGAACAUCGAUUGAUCAACAUGUAUGGUGUUACAACGAUUGUAAAUCAAAAGGUAAAUUGGAGUCACGCUGUGUCAUAUAAUGGUGAAAAGAUCGAAUUUCUCAAGCGACUAUAUUUGGAUCACAUGAUUGGUUGCGAUGGAGUGGUAAAUGCGACUUUUGGAAGUCGUCUUACUAUACGCAAACUGGGAGGCAUGAUGUUAGGAAUAAAUGAUUUGUUAUGA